AGGGGUUUGCAUUUACUAGGCUGGGCCUUUCUAGACCUGGGUCUGUAUGGAGUAUGAUGGAGAUGGAGCGAGUACAGUACGAUGGGGUACAAACGACAAAGUCGCCUGGACAAUGGGCGAUGGGGCCUGGACGCAGUGAGCAAUGCGGGCAAUGUAUUUGGGGAGAGACAGACUCGGCGUUAAUAGCCGGCGCAGAAUAGACUCUUCCAGGAUACUUGGGCCUUUUACAGGAGACUCUCACUCACUUUCUCUCUCUCUCUCUCUCUCUCGAACAGGGACACUCUCUCAGGAACAGGAUUUCCCAACUCUUCGCCAUGCCUCCAGUCGACUCCUCACAUCGCUGCCCCUUGGCACCAGGCCCAGAAGCGACAAGCCCGCCCAUAGUGCACCCGCUUUAAGCCCAAGCGGCGAGAGGGGAAGCAACAGGCGCAACGCAGCAAUCUCGCUCUGGGCCAUCCGAUGGGGGCAAAAGGCGAUAGAGCGGCGGGGGGGGAACACAACUCCGCUGGAGCUGCCGCUGGGGGGAGUGAGUGGUGUGGUGGUGAGCCAGUCCAGGUGCCACCCCAGGCGGGCCAGGCUUGCAGGGCCCCGAGGUGCUGGGGGCGAGGGCGCUAGAGUGCGGUCCUGGCCACAGCCGAUGUACCAAGUACGGCAGAGGGAGCUAGAGCAGGUCCAUAGGUCCCUACCUAGGUCCAUAUCCAGAGAAGAGCCCACGUCUGCUACAGUCGAGCCCACUUCCGCUGCCCGCUUCCGCAAGCCGCAGCCCAACAUCCCAUCCACAUUCGCAUCCACAUCCGCCGAAAGCCCACCGGCGCCGUGGAAAAGCACUGACCAGGCCCGCCCAUCCCCUAGUCGCGACCCCCCUACGGCCUACGGGCGCCCCUAGCACGUCUGGACGAACCGCUGCGAGGUGUGUCCACGGGUGGGCUUGUAGUGGGCUAGCCACUGUGAAUCCCCCCCCCAAGAGGCGAUCCUCAAAACCGCGACCCUGCCCUGGCUGCCCCUUCAGGUACCUCCCUCGCAAUCUCCAAUCCCAAUCUCUCGCCCUCUCCUCUCCCUGAAUCUCUCCUCCCAUACAUCAUCCUCCGCCCUCCACCCUCAGGAGCGCGCGCGUCUCCUCCUCGUCCUCCUCUUCAACCUCCACCUCUUAUCCGGGCAGUAGAACGAACAGAGUCUCAUUCUCUCCCUCGUCGUUCCUUCUAUUUCGUGGCUUCACCUGUCCUUUUUUGUCGCAGCCAUCCAGUCCACGCGGCUUGGAUCGACCCAACCGACCUAUUUUGGACCCUUGUUCUGAGACCACCAGACCACCAAGACCCAAAUCCAAG